UUGUCGCUCCAUUGCGAAGAUCCGCGUCUGUUCUAAUUUUGAAUCGUAUAUUUGUGUAUGAAAAUAUCACGAAAACAGUAUUUCUUGAAUGAAUAUACUGCUAAUUAACUUCAAUUAAAAUCAGCGUGAAUAUUCCAUGUGUUUCUAGUGUUACGCGGACUGAAACAGUGUUAUUUUUCGUUCUUGCCAAGACACUGAGGGUAUUCAUGUUUAUAAAAAUAUUGAUUUGUAGCAUAUCGUUUUCCAACGUUUCUAUUGUGUCCUGAAACGUUAGGUGAAAUGUAGGUAAUCUCUAAGCGUAUGUGCAGCGUGAAAUAAUUAUGAAAAUGCAACAGUUGUCGGGAGAUCGUAAUGGCGCGUUCUUGGAUGUGAUUCGUUAUUGUGUUUGAUCGUGUUUUCUGUGUUUUUGUUGUGAUAUUUUGACAAUGGAGGGAACCACGGAGAAGGAUUGUUCGCCUCUAUGGAGCCUGUACCAGCAGAUCGUGUCGGACAUGAAGAACAGUGCUCCGAUGUGGGAAGACUUCAUAUCAAAGGCAACAAAACUUCACUCGGCGCUAAAAUCUGCGUUGGUGGCAAUAUCUGCGUUUCUGGACGCAUUUCAGAAAAUCGCAGAUGCAGCAACUAAUGCACGAGGAGCAACGAAAGAGAUCGGAACAGCACUCACCAGGGUUUGCCUCCGCCACAGAGCCAUCGAGACCAGGAUGAAAACGUUUAUCAGUGCUCUAACGGACUCGCUAAUAGUUCCGCUGACAUCGCGCGCAGAAGAAUGGCGACGGGGAUGCGCGACAGGCGCGCUCGGGCGUGAGCACGCGCGUGAAUGCAAGCGUGCGCGCGCAGAGCUGCGCCGGAGAGUGCACGACGCGCAAAGACACGCGCGUAAAGCACGUCGCGCGCCGCCUGAUGCCAAGCGGAGAGCGGAUGUUUCUAUGCAGGAUGUUGCGGAACGCAAACAGCAGCUGGAGGAGAUGGAGGAGAAGGCCGUAAAGGCGGCGCUUGUCGAGGAGCGCAGCCGCUUCUGCCACUUCGUGACACUGCUCAACCCCGUCGUGGAGAGUGAAGUGGCAAUGUUAGCGGAGGUGGGACACCUUCAGGAGGGCAGUGAGCAGCUCUUGCGGCACACCACCGAACCGCGCACCUUACCUCCUGCAAGCUUACAGGUGAUAUGCGACGUGAAGUCGUGCUACAGCGGGUGGGCGGAGGCGGGGGCGUCGCCGCCCGCCAGCCGCCUCGGCAGCCGCAAGUCCUCGCUCACGUCCAUCUCCUCGCUCAACAGCCAGUGCUCGGAGGCGCACGCGUCCGGGUCGACGGUGAGCUGUUCCACGCCGAUAUCAAACGCAUCGUCUGCUGGGACCAUCCCGGCUGCAGCUGAAACGAAUAGCUUAUCACAGUCCGCGCGGUUUACCAGCGUCGGCAGUUCGGACUCUGGUUUCCGCUCGCAGGACGCCCUGCAGCGCCGCUCGCUCUACGUUGAAAAUGGUUCUGAUAAUCAGAGCGUGAGCAGCGAAUGCACGACCCCGGCCAAGAGCACGGUGGACGACGACCACAUUGACGACGGCCGCGACACGUUGGGGAAUACUGCAUCCGCUACGUGGCCGGACCUGAAGGAUACCGCACAGUUCGAACGAGCCGCCUCUGCAAUCAUGGGCGGUAGGCCUCACACCAUUUCAGCAGCGUACGAGCGCGGGCACGGGCGGCCGGCGCUCACGCCGCAGACCUUCGGCGACGCCGACGGCUCCACCCGCGAGGGCAUCUACGCCAGGCCGCCGCUGCCCACUCGCUGUUCAUCCUUGGAGCGGCCGGCGGUGCCGGCGAAGGGCAACGCGAAUACCUCGCAACAGGAUUUCAAGCCCAGCAAGCCCUCCUCGCUUCCGCCGCAUCUUACUAAAGAAAUGCCACAAGCACUGUACGUAAACAUGUCGGAGCUGGCAACGCUAGCGGCUUCGCGCGCGCAGGCGCACAAUGCAGAACACCCGCAGCAAGAAAAGGUAUGCUCCGAAAGCAGUGCGAGCGAAUCGUCCCUGGAGUCGUCCAGCGGGUACGGCAGCCAGGGCGCGUUCGCGGCCGAAGACCAUGCACACCAACACCAGAUACCACACCCGGAAGACUCUGAGAUAGUGACGCUCCGCCGAGACAGCGACGCGUCAAUCGCGGCCGCCCGCGAGAGCUUCUCGAUCUCGCUCGGCAGCCUCGAGGAGGCCGUGAGGUCGCUGGACGAGACCUGCGAGACUCCGGCGUUCGCCACCAUCGGGAAGAAACCCGCGGUGCCCAAGCGGAGACCCGUUUCCAUGACAGCGACAGUGUGGUCCCGGCGUGGGUCUUCAAGCUCCCUGGGCAAGCCGCCGCCGCCCGUGCGGCGGUCUUCGUCCAUCUCCCGUCCGCAGCGACCGGCCUACCCUCAGGGUAACAAUCAAAGCCCAGGAAUAGGGCCUAGUGAGGCCGACAACCUUCCGCCCCCGCCUGCCUUCUUGCUGCAACCCGAUGCAGAGGCUAACACUGGUAUUAAUGUAGCAGAGACGGUAAAACAACUGACAGAACUCAAACACAUGCCCGCCUCUCCGGGACUAGUGCGGCGCAGUCUCCAACAACUUCAAACGAACGCGAACCAAACACAAAAUUCGAACCCUUCUCAGAGCCCCACACAAUCCUUAUCCACCUUCCAACAAGCGAAAAGCAAUUUCUCCUCGACCACCAGCCUAAACAGCACUGGAAACCUCAACCCAAUAUACGGACAAACAGGCCAUAGGAUAAUGGCUUACGUCGAACAGAAUUCCAUUUACGUGCGGAAGAAUAGUCUAAACAGUUCAAGUUCGGACUUAUACGGUAGCAACCUGGGCGUGUACAGCGACGGCAAGAGCUCGCCGCACGGCUCCAGCCCCUCCACGCCGAGCUACGGGGAGAAUAACUCAUUCUCCAGCUUCGGUCCCAGGGUUUCCAAUGACUCGCAAUAUGGACAAACUGGUUACAAACUACAACAAGAGAAGAAAUACUCGUCGAACACGAUAUACGCGCAACCGUCGCAGAUCAUAGCGGGGUACAACAACAUGGCGCGACACGACACGCUCAGCCCGCUCGCGAUGCGGCGCAACAUCGCGGCCCGGGCGCACAGCGCGGACAGACACCAUUCCGAACAAAGCGGCUUGAUCGCGAGCUUGAGCGCUAAGCUCGCGCCGCAGCUGUCACCGCGCACGACUCGGCGCGCCAUCUCUACUAUCACCACGGCUGACUCGCCAACCAAAGGGAAAGCAUCGAAGCCCAGCAUCCAGCCAGCGUUCCUGGACAAGCUGUCGGCCACCAUACAGCAGCAGCGGCGCCAGCUCGACACGGCGCGGGCCGUCGCCGUGCGAGACCACAUCAACACGCAAGCUCAGCCGGACCCGCGGGUGUGCCACACGUCCCUGAUGGAGCAGAUCAAGCGCGGCGCGACUCUGCGCCGCAACAAGCACUGCAACGACCGCUCCGCGCCCAAAAUACGCUAGGCGGCCGCACACUCCAGCAGCCUGGUAAUGUAUGCCAACAGUGAAACUUGCUUACGAGAAACCAUCAACCAAAAACCAGUCAUUGGAAUAUAAAAUAAUAGUAUAUAUGUAAAUAUUAUAGUUAACUAACAUCGAACUAAUAUUCAACAUUGAUGAUUUUAUGGCAUAAUGUUUGUAUCGGUCACUAAAAUUUGGGACAGUUAAUAAUCACGGGUUUAGGACUAUAGAAUGUAACUUGAUUUUCGGGAUAUAGUUAUAAGUGAAGGAUACUUUAUUGGAUCCUUUUAACUGUGCUUGAAAGAUUAUUUUUUCAAUGUAUUCAGUUCUUCGGCAAUGUCUGAUCAUUAGAAUAAGUAAUUUGUGUAACAGCUAUAUUCGAGUCCUCUUGUAAACCUUUUGAUAAUACAUAGUCAGUAUACAUAUUCAAGAAGUAGGUAUAUGAAAAUAUAAAACAUAUCUUUGACUUGAUACAUAUUUUGAAAUGCGAACGUCAUGGUCGGCCAUCCAAUUAAUGUCCGCCAUUAAAGUUUAGUAACGCCCAGACGAAUUUUAUUAUAAAAUAUCGAAUAUUUGUACUGUGUAAUGUUCAUAUAAUUAUAUUAAUAGAUUAUAUUUGGACCUUUUUCAAGGACUGUAGGUAGUAAAUGAGGCUAACUAACUUAUUAUUUUUUUAAUGCGCAAGCUUGUAUUUAAAUAAUAGAUAAAUACUUGUAAUAGCUGUGUUCUUAUUGAUACGCUCGUUUCUGUACUAUAUCGAAAUAUCAUCAUAACUUUUAAACUAUUAUUUUUUAAAGUCUAUUAUAAUUUUAUAAUAUUUCAACUGGUAACGAGCAGUACUGAUAUUUGGUAGUUUUUAAAGAGUAAUAUAAGAGUGUUUAUAAAGAAAAUAGCUGUAUAGGGUAGCUGACAUAUCUGUUGAAAGAACUAACUUUAAUUAAACGUCCAUCAGUCCUGUUGUCGAUUGUACUACCUUGCUUUUUGACUACGUGAGAAUUGUGGUGAGGAUGUGUGGCCUUCCAUGCCGAAAGGGUCCUUGUGCAUCCUGUAAUAAAGUCCUUUUCAUUCGUAAUUCCAACAGAAUUCUUAUAAAAUGAUCCACGAUCAUAUUCCACAGUGUGCUUCUCGAUCGUGGAAUGCACAACACAUCGUGCAAUGCACACGAGGAAUAAGGGUCAUUUAGGCAUGGACCAAUUUCUAUGAAUAAACAGGUACAUAGACUAAAACAGACUUUUCUAGUUUAUAAAACACAAUCAUUUAAUGAUUUAAUGCAUGUGGUUUAAACUUUGCCAAUAGCAGCCGAUUGUAGCAUGUCCCAGAGCUUCACUAGGUAACGUAUUCAUUAUUGUGCUUAGUUUGAUUUAGUAUGUACACAUAAAAAACAUCGAAAAAUACUUUAGAAAAUCACUGUGGGGCAUUUUACGCAGACAGCACAAAAAAAUAAACGCAAACACAAAAUGCCCCCAAUAUUUCAUUAAUGUUAGGUAUAUUUGUAAUUUUCGAUCUUCCCACCACGAUUCUCGCUAAGCCUGUCAACUCUGCAUCAGUGGCGUUUGCCACAAGUAACGAUAAGUAAAGAAUGUAUUGAUUAAAUUGGUAAAUUAAAAUGAUUAUUGUCCCCUA